AUGUAUAUUGCUUGCAUAGUUCCUAUCAAGACUACCGCGACGAAUCUUGGCCUCAAGAUCCACGAGCUAGAUACCUUCAAGGGCUGGACUCCUCCCGAUGGUCCCUUUGACCUGAUUAUCGCCGUGUCAUUUGGCUUGUUCAUUCCUUCCAGACUACUCAGCGCUGCAAAAUAUGGAGGACUUAAUGUGCACCCCUCAUUACUCCCAGAUCUUCGGGGGCCGGCGCCCUUACAUCACACCCUAAUCUCUGGACGAAAGACAACCGGAAUAACUCUACAGACACUACACCACAAACAUUUUGACCACGGCAUUAUCCUCGAUCAAACACCCGCCCCAGUUCCGAAUCCAGAUUCAUGUACGGUAUCUGAACUCCUUGACUUUCUUGCACCCAAGGGCGCAAAUAUGCUGGUCAAUGGGAUUCGCAACCGUUAUUUUGUGCCUCCAUUGAAAGAAGUCGGCUCCCGAGCUACCGUGUACAGUGAUGAUGGUAGUAAUAAAUUUGCACAUGCGGCAAAGAUAACACCGGAAGACCGCCAUAUAGACUGGCAAAACUGGACAUGGACUCAGAUCAGCCGCCGCCAACGAGUCUUGCAACCCUUAUGGAACAAGGCCCUGGUUCCUACCCGAAAGAAGACCGAUGGUGAUAUUACACAAAAUCUCAACGGGAGGAGAAUUAUAUUCGGUGACCUCCAGCCUGUUCCACAGGAAACUGUCCCGGAAAGUGAAGGGCUAAAACUGCUUCCAGGGGUACCAUUUAUCUCUACAGGGCAGAAAUCAUCGCUGUUUGUCUAUACUGUUGAUGGCCAGCUUCUACGUCUCAGCAGACUAAAGGUCGAAGGUGACAAGUUCAACGACGCCCUGAUUGCUGCUCAAAAGGCUCGCAUGUUUUCUCCCAACACUGUUCGCUUUUCAGACGUUGAAUUUAGCUUAUUCCUCAACCCUUUGCAUUGA